ACAUAUAACAAAGAAAUUGAUUUAAGAGGAGAGAUGUGGAAGUUCAUCAAAGUUCAAAACCCCAUUGAGCAUGUGGACAAUAAUUUGAAAUGCCAACACAUUGGAGAUAUACUCUCAGUUCUACAGUGCUCUUUGUUUGGACCAAAUGGAAUGUAUGGUUUUGUAGUUCAAGCAACAGAGGUAACUGUUGUAGCUUUUGCAACAGAUAAAAAUUAUACCACAUAUAUCAAAACAGGACAUAUAGCAGAACAAGACUGUGCCACGGUAAAAUACAGCGAGAAGUGCAAUAUUUUGUCAAAGAAAGGACGACUUAAACUUGCCAGGACUUUUCUUGAUAUGGCAGCUCUGAUGAAAUACUUGUAAAUUAUUGUUUGUGGUUUAUCGAAAUACAACAACAUGUACUUAAUUGUGUAACAUAACAUU